CACCCUGCUUUUCAAAGAUGUCGGACACAAAUAAAAACUCGGACGACUGUCCUUCCGAAAAGGUGGAAAUACCGAAAGCUAGCGAAGACCCGGAACCUUCUAAAGAACCAGAAAUGGAUCUUGACACCUCGGCCACAACCACCACCACUACCAAGACAGAAUCGGAUUACGAGAGUGCCGACUCUGAGGAGGAGAUCACAGACAGGCUGCGAAAGAGGGACACCGAGGACGGAACAGAGGAGGAAGACGAGGAUGAGGAGGGCACUGCGGACGAUGAGGAAGGGUACAGUGACAAGAGAGAGGAAGGCGAUGGUCAAGAAAGCUUGCCGGCGAAAGAAAAGAAAUUAGAUGAUGACGAAGAUCGCAGAAAUCCGCAGUAUAUUCCUAAGAAAGGCAACUUUUACGAGCACGAUGACAGAGGAGCUGACGAAGUGGAGGAAACGCCAGAAAGCAAAAAGGAUGACAAAAUUAAGAAACCAUGGAAAGAGAGCACGGACAGAUGGUCUCAUGACAAAUUCAAUGAACUUGACCAAGCUCCUAAGUCUACUGUUGAGUUAGUUAAUUCCUAUGGAUAUGAUAUUAGAAGCGAAGAAGGACCACCUAGAGCGAGAAGGAGGAGAAGAUAUGGGCGAGGACCUAACAAAUACGACCGUAAUUGGGAAGACGAAACUGCCUACUCUAAGCCAACAAGAGGCGGCGGAGCUCCUAGCAGAGGCGCUGGGCCUCGCAGACAGUCUGAAGGAGGUAGACCAAGUAGUGAAGGUGGUGAUGGCCCAGAGGAUAUCCAGGUUGACAACGAGAACCAAUUCCCUUCACUUCCCGCUAAGAAAGUCCUGAACCCUCGACCAAGAAAGGGUACGCCCGGUAGAGACAGGGAGCCUGUCCCGGAGGAAGAGGUCCCGCCAAGACCCACCAACCAGCCCACAAAGAGUGGUCGAGGCAGGGGCGGAGGCCCCUCUGGUAGGAUAAUCCGCGGCACCGGCAGAACCAUCGAGGGCCGUGGUAGAGGUGGAAAGGGAUCUGCGCCGUUCAGGGAUAUGAAAGAUGACGGCGCUGAUAGGAUCGUGCGUCUUGAAAAUAAUAUCAAGAAUCUAUCUAUUAAAGAUCCCAAUAUGGAGCCCAUCCAGAGCAGAGACUUCAGAAGGCAGACAAAGCCCAAAGGAGAGCCAUUCAAUCAGUUAGCAACGCAAGAUCGGCGCCAGGCAAACGUACCUCCCAGGAUGCAACAAGAAAGUUCAGCCAACAGGCCCAAGAGAUACUCGUCUCAGAGGCAAAGGUCUCUCCCUGAAAGUAGUUCUGCGUACGAACAGCCUCCUGCCGCUGUUCCUGGUCCAUACUACGAUCAAGGGUACCAGCAGCACCAAGUGUACCCUGACGCUCAGGGUGGACAGCCGUCGCAGGUGCCAGCACCUCUGGCGGCCGCAGUUCCUACAGAUGCUGCGAUUCUGCCGCCCGGAGCUCCAUUUCCCCCUAACUAUCCUUCGGUGACGCAAGCGCCGGCCUUCAUAGCUCCUUCUCAGCCUCCGGCGAGAAUUUUCCCUCCUGGACCACAACCAACAGCACCCUUCAUGGCACCCCCGAAUCCACCCAUCUUGAACUAUGUUGCGCCUCCAGCCGCUCAAUUUCCAGCAGCUUUUCCUCCAUUCCAAAGUUUCCCAGCCGUGCCGCCUGCAGCCCCACCUGCAGCCCCUUCAGAAAUGUACGUGCCUACAGGAAUUACAUACUACAGCACUCAGAAUCAGGUUCCCCGUCCAACACCGCUGAAACGACCAAAAGCAGCAAUACCUAUAGUUCCGCCUCCAGACGAGGAGGAAAAGCAACAGGAAAACCACCACGAGGAACAGUAUGAAGGGUCGCCCGAGAUUCCUGAACAAGUGGUCGAGAAGGAUGUGGAUUUGGGAACUAAUAAUUUGGUCCACAAAGUAGAAGAAGUAAAGCAGGAGGUUCAGCCCACGGAAAUAUCGGCUUAGUGCUGCUCUUAAUUGUUUGACCUAUAUAAACGUACUGCUAAUCGUAAUAAUUAUUUUGUUUAUUACUCCCUGGAAACUCAAGUUGGGUUAACAUUUAUUAUUUUUAUAUUCAAACAGGUGGUAUACCAUGUAGCAGUAACUUAACUAUCUAUCAACUCUUGCUUUGACAGGCAUUAUUAUAUUUUCGAGUAUUAGUUGUGAGCUGGGUCUCCUUGACAAUUUCAACUUCUGUUUAGUUCAAGUACUUACCACUUAGUUAUCUAAAUUCCUCACUUCUGAGCACACAAUAUAUUUGUAGGUAAUACGAAAAUUACAAUCUUUUGAUCACCCACAAAAUUAAUGUUUUUAAUAUGAAAUGUAUUAACCACAAGAAAACUACAAUGUACACAUAAUUUAAUAUUGACUGUUGAUUUUUUCAGCUGAAAUGUGAGUCUAUCAAUGAAAGAAAUACUACAUUUAUACAUUUGCAAUAAUUUAUAUCCCAAUAUGUAAUAGUAGCUCCACUGUUGAGUAAAUGCUCGCGAUAUUUCUUCACGAGCGUGGUGCAGGAUGGCAACAACAUAAUUUUUUGCUGUGACUGCAUAAAUUAUUUAUCAAUGCUAUGGUAAUUGAAUUGUAUCUGUUCAUAGAUAUCUCACGACUUUAACAUCAGAAAUAUUGAAAAAGAACAUUAAAUUUUGCAAAACUA